AUGGCCAGUACUACUGAUCAUUCGUCUCAAACUAUUGAAGAGAAUUUAGCGAUAUGUAUACGGCGGUGUGGAUUUCAAAAUGUCACUCUCAAAGAUAGUUUACAAGUGAUUGACGAACAACGAGCAUUCGAAGUGGGUAACGAAACUACUUUCACUGAAUUUGUCACGAAUAUCGCCGAUGUUCUUCUAAAAGCCUCGUCUCAAUCGAUAACAAAGCUUCACUAUGGAAUCAUACGUGGAUUGAUUGCAACUGUUUUCCGACGCGUUGAUUCUCAGAGAAAGAAACACUCCAUACAAUACUUGCAUGGUGUAAGAAUUUUGCGACGUGGCUCAGGACCAUUCGGUGUCUCUGUUUUACAGGCAAAUGAGAUGCAUCUGAAAGAUGUUAUUUUGAAUGGUAUGGAUUUCAGCGAACUCGAACUCCCCUAUAUCUUCUUACGAAAUACGUCUUUAAUCAAUGCAUCAUUUGUCAAUUCAAACUUAGAAUAUGCUGAUUUUACUGGUGCUAAGCUCAACGGAGUCAAAUUUUUGAAUACACAGCUACAAAACACAGAUUUCACUCGAGCAUCUGUUCGUAAUAUACAACUGUGUGGAACAACUCUUUUUGGUUCAUCAAUAACUGGUGAUCAGAUCGUUCAAGCGUUAAUCAUGUACAAUACGAGUUAUCCGAACGGGACAUAUGCUCGAGACAAAAUAUAUGUUGUCAACGGUGAUGCUCAACAAGGAACAGUCGGAUGGAAUGUUACACGUGGAAACAUUGAUGUAGUAUCUUCCUCUUUUACAACUAAUCAGGAUGCGUCUAUGGUACAAUUUAUUGAUCUGGUGGAAAUACUGAACGCUGAGUUACCUGAUGAUAUUUAUUAUUGUGUUUCUUUUCGAUACAGUCGUUUAUAUAUGAAGUUGAUAGAUUCAACCAGAGAAUAUCCUCCCAAUUCAUAUAUCUGCUACAAUCAACUAGAUCAAACUGAAUUACCAUAUUUGGAUCAUUUCGUUUCUGUGUCUAAGUCUCUAUAUUCUGGUGCAAAGCGCAAAAAUAUUGAACGACCUACUUCAACAAAUAAGUCUGUAGUUUCAACAGCAACCUCACAAUUCACUCGCCAUUUGAACACUGGAAUGCAUUUACCAGUCAAGGAAACUUGA